UGGUCCCUCAGUAAUAUACAAAUCCGAAGGAAGGUGGAGCUCUACCCCGUGCGAUGACCUUCGACCCCAAUGUCGGAAAUUACGGGCCACACCACUUUUCUCGCUUUAGUUUUUUUUGUAAUUCAACGGCCACAAGGGAAAGUUUUUGGCUGCUUCAUGAUAAAAUAUCAUACUUUGAACAUCACUCAAAUUUGAAUCCACUUGGCUCCCUCUUCGUUAAGCUCAGCGCCAGAGCUCCCCUGUACAUAAUAUAUUCGUUGAAAACUAUAAAUUAAAUCUUCCUUUGAAAGCAGAGUUCAGAGUCUUCGUUCGAACUGACAGGCAGCUUGUGGUUGAUCGAGACUCGACAGCAAGAAAGCUCGUAGAGAUCAAAACUUGCUGCCUAGUGAUGGUAUAUUGAAGCUUGGAGUGGUUUGAGUAAAUUUUUCAUACGCUUGUUAGAUCUAUAGUUGAAGAAUUGAUUCCAGGGCCAUGGCCAAAGUUCGGGAUGAAGAAAAUCCACCGAGUUUGCAGGAAAAUGCUUAUCGGGCUGGAAGCAAGAAUACCUUUCAGUUUUCUAACACAAAGAAGGCACCGCUAAGUUAUGGAAAUUGCAAGACGGGAAGGUCAAUAAUCGAUAGAAUCAUUGAUUACAAGUUCGAGUGGAAAUCCUUACGGAUAUCAUGCAAGGAUUGGAUCAACAACCCUCUAAAGCUUGUCCUCCUUCUAUGGAUAGCUUGUGUUGGGAUAUCCGGGGCAGUUCUCUUCCUCGUAAUGUCUGGCAUGCUGAACCGUGCGCUCCCAAGGAAGCCACAGAGAGAUGCGUGGUUCGAGAUUAACAACCAGAUCCUCAAUGCACUCUUCACUCUCAUGUGCCUGUACCAGCACCCUAGAAGGAUCCACCACCUCGUACUCCUCCUUCGGUGGAGAGCACAGGACGCUUCCGAGCUCAGGAAAGUGUACUGCAAGAACGGGUCACAGAAACCCCGGGAGCGUUCCCACGUGGCAGUUGUGAUUCUAUUGCUCCACGUGAACUGCUUUGCUCAGUAUGCCCUGUGCAGCCUCAACUUGGUGUACGACCACCUGAACCGUCCCAUUAUAGGUGUCAUCAUGGGCCUCUCCAUUGCAAUCGCCGCUCCUGGGAUAGCAGCGAUCUAUUCCAUCCUCAGUCCUCUUGGGAAAGAGUAUGAUGUUGGAAACAAUGAGGAACGUAUAAACAAGUUGAGAGACAAACACGGGACUAUUGAGUAUGAACCAAAAUGGAGAGGGGGCCUAUUGGAUUUAAGGGAUGAUCCUGGCAUAACUUUCCUAUCUAUCUUCUGUGGAUUCUGCCUGUUUGGGUGGAAUAUGGAGAGGCUUGGGCUCGGGAACAAGUACGUUCACAUUGCCAAUUUUACUCUCUUCCUCGUAGCUCCCUUUUGGAUCUUCAGCCUUGCUGCAAUGCAUCUCGAGAAUGAGACCGUGAGGGAGUUCAUCAGGUUUUCUGGGAUCAUCCUCAGUGUUUUUGGUCUGUGCUAUGGCGGUUUCUGGAGGAUACAAAUGAGGGAGAGAUUCAACUUGCCUACGGAUCAUCCGUGUUGCGGGAAACCCGGGAUCCUGGACUGUGCAAAAUGGCUCUUUUGCUGCUGGUGUGCUUUGGCUCAGGAAGUUCGAACGAGUAAUUUCUAUGAUAUAAUCGAAGACAAGUUCUGCAGGAAGCAAUUAGGCAGUCACCCUAAGGAUGCCAUAUUGGAGCCCCCUCACCCUCUAACAAUCGAGCUGCGUGGUUCUCUCGAGCAUAACCUAUGAAAGAUUGAAGAUGCAUCAACGAAUGUAUUCAUAAGAAUCGCACUACUAAUAACAGUCUCUAGUGUUUUUUCAGCAUUUAUCUCCUUCCAUCAGAAAUUAAUAGGAUCUGUUUGGUUUCA